AAGAGGUAUCAGCCAUCAAAUGAACACUAGACAGAGGAUUGCCAUCCAAAAAACCAAAGAGACAACGCUAGAGGAUGGCGUUCCACUUGAAUAAGACCAUUUCAUUGCCCACCACUCCUUACCAGUUACUGCUUACUUCUAAGCCUUCCAUGCUUUUCUACAACAGGAAGAGAAGAUUAUCCUUCUCUCCUUUGCUUCACUGCCCCAGUACGUUCUCCAGAAAUUUUCCACUCUGGUUCAUUGAUCUUCUUAGAGAAAUGAGAUUUCAGUAAUACCCUUCAACAGAUUCUGGCCAAGUUCUUCACAAAUCACAGCCAAUUGAAAUCUGCCCAAGUGCUUCUCUACCUAGUUCUGGUGAAAUCUGCUUCUAUUGCUGUUUCUGCAGCCACUACUGUUACAGAGACCACACAACAUGACUUCUCGUUCUAUAAGCACGAAUUGCCCUCUAACCAAAUCCAUCAAAUUUGGGGUCUCUCCAGUAUUUUCCUCGGUCUUGCCUGCAAGGGAACAGAGAUGGGAAGUUGGCAAAUUAGCAAUUUCACGAACACAUGUCGUGUGCUCUGCUGUGCAGGAAUCCACUUCCACAGUUGCUGCUGAAACAAAGGAAACAAAGGCUGUGGCAAAAGAAGCUCCAGCAAAGCCAAAGCCCCCAGCAAAAGCUCCAGCUGAACCUUUACCCCAACUGAUGGAAGAGGAUGUGAUCCCUGCAUUGAAAACGAUUCUUGAAUCUCAAGAUGAUCUCUCAGAAAUUGAGUUAUCCUUCACUGAUAACACGUUGGAAGGAUCCUUUAAAAAGCAGGGAAUUCCCCACUCAUUUUGGGCCUUCUUCCCGGACGGAGUCCUCACAGGACCAAAGGGAUUUGCCAUGUCCUCGUAUGGUUCGGGAGUGAGCACUGUUGAACCAUUUCUCAUUGAUGAAAAGAAAAUCACAGCAAAACAUGUAGUUUUUUGGGUUGAGAAGCGUUUGGCAGCUCAGGGAAUUCUUCCUGUGUGGAAAUAAUGAUCAACAUCAGAUUUGAAGAUUUGGGCUUCACCAAAUGGCCUACUAAUACCUACACAUUGUACUUAUUUUUCUUCUACUAGCAUUACUGUACUUCAUGAAAGAAGGCUGUAAUAUUUGUUGAUUAAAGUGUACCAAAUUAUCAAUUGGAAUAUAUCCAUCACAUUUGAUCAA